CCAGGGGCCGGGACGCGGGAGCUCCGCCCACGGGCCUUUCUGCGCAGGCUCCGCAGCCCUGCGCCGCCGGGGCCGGAGGCUGGGACCUGGCGCUGCCAUGGAAGACGCUGCGACGCCCCGGCCGACUCCGGGGGUCACGGAAAACCGAGGCGUUCAGUCGGCGGCAGGUCGGGGAGGAGCCCUGGUGGAGCUCAGCCCGACCCCCGGCGGCCUGGCCCUGGUGAGCCCUUACCACACCCACCGGGCCGGGGACCCCUUAGACCUCGUGGCGCUCGCGGAGCAGGUGCAGAAGGCUGAUGAAUUUGUCCGAGCAAAUGCCACCAACAAGCUGACAGUCAUAGCUGAGCAAAUAGAACAUUUGCAAGAACAAGCCAGGAAGGUGUUGGAGGAUGCCCGCAGAGAUGCUGACCUGCACCAUGUAGCUUGUAAUAUAGUGAAGAAACCUGGCAACAUUUACUAUCUUUAUAAACGGGAGAGUGGUCAGAAGUAUUUUUCCAUUAUUUCUCCAAAGGAGUGGGGGACGAGUCGUCCUCACGACUUCCUGGGUGCCUUCAAGCUACAGCACGACUUGUCCUGGACUCCGUAUGAGGACAUCGAGAAGCAAGAUGCUAAAGUCAGCAUCGUGAACAAGUUGCUCAGCCAGCCCGCGGCGCUGCCUCCAAGCACAGAGCCCAGCUUUCAGGGGUUCAUCUCCACCGGGAGCGGACCCUGACCAGCCCUGUCCCGGCAAGGACCUCUCACCUCCUUGUUGCCCGAUCUCUGCCUUGACGUGGGGGUGGCGUGAGAAUCACGGGCGUGUGGGUGACUCCGGAACUUGGGGAAGGUGGUCCUGAGCGAGUGUAAACGCUGUCACCACUGCUUUUAAUCGAGAUGGUAAAGCAUCACGUCGUGUCUUCUGGGGUCCCCUCGGGGUCACAGGCGCCCAGCCAGCCAGUGUCGGAGGGCUGGCCCGUGCGCUGCCCUUCCCCUUGGUCUCCGUCUCUUCUCCCAUAAGUUAGAGCGUUAGAGAAAGUGGGUUUCUUUUUCCUGCAAAAAGGUUGGUGCGUCGCUCUCUAGAGAGGACCGUUGUUAGUCUUUUUGUAACUGGAAGGCUCUGGAUCGAGCUUGCGGGUGUUUGACAGUUGAUGCCAUCACUCCAGCUUCACAUUCACCUGGGAGCCAGAUACUGGGGGCUGGCGCAUGAUAAACAGCUUGGCCUGGCGAGCGAAAGAGGGUGUGAUUCUGGCACUUCUGCACUGUGGGUAAGAUUUGGCUUGUUCCGUCCUGCUCUUUCUGCUGAGCUGGGAUGACCAGGUUUGAGGAGGGUCAGCCUCUAAACUCACAGAAUUUAGACUUGGAAGGGGGGUGGGAGGCUGCCACUAACCGUGACAUGAAUCCACUGUCUAGCCUCUGUGAGCAGGAGGGCCAGUGUUCGGCCAUCUGCAGCAGGAAGGAUCCAUUCAAUGACAGCUUUAGAAUGUUGUAGAGGAGAGAGUAGGACAGUGGGUGAGAACCAAGAAAAACAGCUAACUCGUUGAUUAUGAGUUAACUUAGAUUGAAAUUCAUUUUGACCUGAAUUUUUCAGGGAUUAGCGGAGGCUGUUGGCUGAGCUCCUUUGGUUUUGACCGAGUUCUUGUGGGACUCGACCCCCUCACUGUCUGUCUGUUCAGUGCAGUUGACUAAGUUGACUAAGUUGACAACAUGCUGUUCUUCUGUCAGUGCCAUACAGUCUAUCACAAGGUGCCAUAAAAGGAGUGAGGGGAGUUCCUGCUGUGGCACAGUGGGUUAGUGGUCAGCUUGUCUCUGUGGGGGCACCAGUGCGAUCCCCGGCCUGGCACAGUAGGUUGAGGAUCGAGCAUUGCUGUUCCCUGUGGCGUAGCGUGAAGCUCCAGCCAGGAUUUGACCCAUGGCCUGGGAACGUCCAUACGCUGUGGGUACAGCUGGGAAAGGGAGAUAAAAGUGGAGGGGUGUAGUGAGAUCUGGACUGGAAAUCACAAUUGCCCGCAUUCCUCUUUGGGGGUGAAUGUCCUUUGUGCUGCUCUGCUUGGCGAUAGCACAACCCCGUGAUCUUGGAGGCCAUGGCCUUUCUUUGUAAGCUUUGCUCCUUGUGAGCUGUAAAGGGUCUGCAAAGACCUGGCGUAGGUUGGUGCUAGGUCCUGACGAGGUCACACAGGUGAUGCUUGGUCACUCUGUUCAUAGGAGGAGGCUGUGUGGAGUCAGCUCCAAAAGCCUCUGGCUGCUCUGCUGCCGGAAGUGGGGGACACACACACUCUCUCUCUCUCUCUCUCUCUCUCUCUCUCUCUCUCUCUCUCUCUCUCUCUCUCUCUCUCUCUCUCUCCCUCCCCCCCCCCCUCCCUCUCUCCCCCACUAAUGGUACAGUAGUUGAUUCUAACCGCAGAAAGUUUCUCAGAUUUUCAGAAGGUCCUGACUUGCGUGGUAAUGACACAUUUUGCGUAGGUGCUUUAUUAUUACCUACUGCUGCAUUAGUUAUCACAAACUCAGGGGCUUAAAACAACGCACAUUUAUUAUUUCAGAAUUUCUGGGUCAGGAGAUGAGGCACACUUAACUGAGUCCUCUGCUUCAGGGUUUCUCACGAGGCUGAGGUCGAAUCACGGGCCCGGCUUGUUUGUGCCUUUCUCAGAAGGUUCAGCUGAAGAGGGCUCUGCUUCCAAGCUCACUUAGAUUGUUGGUAGGAUUUCAGCUCUGCAAGGGCCGUAGGACUGUAGAGCUGUGUUUCCUAAGGAGGUAUGAGCCAGAGGCGGCCCUUCAUUCUUUGCCGAAGGGGUCUUACCCGUGCAGCAGCUUUCUUAUCAGAGCCGACAAGGGCUGAGAGUCCGCCAGCAGGAUGGAAGUUACAGUCUUACAUGUUCUCAUCGGCCACGGCAUCUCACCCCUUUGUUGUGUUCUGUUAAUUAGAAACAACUCACUAGGCGGCUCACAUUACCCCAGGGCAUGAAUACCGGAAAGCGGAAGUUUCUGAAUCUUGGUGGGUCUGCAGUGCUCAGCUGAGAGGGAGGCCGGAGUGUUAUGGGUGGAAGAGGCAGUAUUGUACAGCGGUAAAGCCUGGGUGUUAAAGUCGCAGAUCUGGACUGGACGCUCAAUUCUGACCACACAUCCUCCCAUCUUGUGUCCCUGCUUCCUCUGUCCUCCUCUCCAGUGCGUUCUGCAUACACUCAUCAGUCUGAUCUUUUGAAACUAUAAAUUCACCCGACCCUUGACCUUGCCUAGUGGCUGGAGCAGAGGGCAGGGAUUCAAGAGCAAGAUUUUCCUGUUCACUAGGGUGUGCUGUUUGCACUGACCACCAGGUGGUGCCAUUGUGCUUUCCCGGUUGUCUUGAAAAUACAAACCCACCUCCUUUUUCUUUCUUUGUUACAAAGGACGUUGCAGUGUUAAUUUUUGUGAAUACGCCUACAAAUCCACCUGACCCAUGACAUUUCCUAACCACUGGAACAGAAAAGAGCAGCGAUUCAAAAGCAAACUUUCUUUUGCUCGGUAAGAUGUGCUCCCCACACUGACCACCAGGGAGUGCCACUGAGCCUUUCUGGCUAAGCCAGUUGCCAAGCUUAGAGAAAGUGGCAUGGUGAAGUGAUUUCGGAGGUGGCAUCUCUUAGGGGAACUGGGACCCAGUGAUUAUAUACUGUAACCGUUUUUUAUUUACCCAUCCAUCUGUCCAUGCCGUCGUCACUAAGUAUUAAGUGUCUCCAGGUUCCGGAUUCUGGAGAAUAACACAGCCAGGAAGCUCAUAGUCUAGACUGGGAGAAAGCAAGUCAGCCUGGUGUAAGAAGGGCUAUGAUAAAGCUAUGCUUGGAAUAUCGUGGAAUACGAUAUAGUUAGGGAGGGUGCCUAACUCAGCCUGGAGAAUUUGACAAGACGUCGGAGGAGCUGACACCUGCUUGGUGUUGAAAAACCGACAAGAGUUAGCGCUUGUCUGGAGGCUCCAGCUGUCCUCUCCUCAGGAAGGUUGUCUUUGGGGGUUGGGGAGGGUUCUUUCUGGGAUGGAGUUUGUGAAUGAACAAAGGGGUAGCCACUUAACGAGCCCUAUCAACCCAGUAAUCCUGCCAGUCAGGAAGAGUGUGGUGAGGUAGGUACUGGCCAGAACACGCGUACUUCUGACAGCUGGGAGAGAGACGGAUGAGGAAUGGGGUGAAAAGCAAUUCUGGACAAAAUAACCUGUGAGGGACAUUGACAAGAAGCAGUACAACGUGUGGGGCAGUGAACAUAGUUUAAAAUGAAGGCGAUGGGCCGGGGGAUGUGAGAGAAGAGCUGAUUGAAGGAUUGGGGGUGAAAUGGACCUUUAGAAACCUCAUUUUGGCGGCAGAGAAGGAGCUCCUUGAAAACCACCAGGUGCCUCCAUCCUAAUCCAGGCAAGAGGUGAAGAAAGUCUGAACUAGGAUGGUGCUAGAUUUUCAUCAAUUUUUUUGUCUUUUUUUGGCAGCGCCUGUGGCAUAUGGAGGUUCCCCGGCUAGGGGUUGAAUCGGUACUGUAGCUGCCGGCCUACACCAUAGUCACGGCGACGUUGGCUCCGAGCCGCGUCUGUGACCCACACCACAGCUCACGGCGACGUUGGCUCCUCUACCCAGUGAUGGAGGCCAGGGACCGGACGUGAUUCUCAUGGUUACUAGUCGGAUUUGUUUCCGCCGAGCCACCGUGGGAACGCCCAAGUACUUCAUCCAUUUAAGGUGUACUUUUCUAACCCCCACAUUUUCAUCUCUGAGGCCUGGGUGCUUCUGGAAGUCAGCAGUGUCGUGAUGUAAGUGGCAGCAUUUUUCUCCUUCUUACAGCUACGUAAAACAAUGGUGCGUCUUGGGCUGGAUGGAGUGUGGCAUUUUGAAAGCGCAAUAGCUUUCCGUCUUGUUUACUAAAAUGCUGUAGCAGGAUGAGUAAAAGGGAAGACAGAAUCUUAGAUAAUGCCUGGACUUCCGGCCUUGAGUGUGGGUGUGAGGGGUGGGGGUCUGCUCAGCAAGGUAGGGAAGAACAAGACAUCCCUGCUGUUUUCAGGAUCGUCCGCAUCUGUAUUUGCCUCCAUCAUCCACUGUUCCUCCCCCCUCCUGCGCCCCCAGGUUCCCUGGCGUGAGUGACAGCUGACUGUACCUCCAUUUCCCCAGGGCUCUAGAAGGAGGGAAAGCAGGCUUGCUUCUGUCCUUACUUUCUCACAUUUUCAGUCAGGCCCCAGGCCUCGAGAAUACUGGUGUUGUGGAUACAGAGAUGAAAAAUACUGUUCAGUGAGCUUUUAUUCUGCCAGGCCUCCCCAUUGUCUGAUUUAAUGUGGAUAUAAUCCACCAUCUUUGAGCUCUUACAUAGUAUUCCUAUUUUACAGAGCUGGAACAUCUCAGAGAUGAAACAGCUGGCUUGCGGUUAUACAGAUGCAAUGGAGUAGCGGUCAGGUUCAGAUAUUCCUGUGUGAUUUCAGUCUGACCAGACCCAUUACUAUAACCUGUUUUGGCCAAUUAGGAUCUCCAUGGAGGGGCGUGAAUUUAAAAUACAAAUGCGAUAGCGGGACGUGUGCGUGUGGGAUUCCGUGGGAGCGGCUCCCCUGAGUAUUUACUGGGGAGCGUGCCGAGGAUGUGUAUCCAGGUUCAGGGAAGUUAAGUCACGCACCUAAGUAAGGCCUCGCAACUUCACAACAACUGAGCCCUCGUUUCCGGCACUGAAGCCCAUGAACAGCCCUCCCCGUCCCCAACACAGACACACGCAGAAGAUAAGCAGCUGCCAAGCGCCUGGAGGAGUUAGAUUCCUGGAGUCCAAAGCAGCAGCGGUUCAGGGCACCACUCCCUCCUCGAAAGCUUUUUUUCUUCGUUUUGAUUUGUGACGGCGCUUUCCCUGUCUCCUGGUACUUACACUUUGGACUGCUCUGGGGUCAAGUCCUUGGCCCUCUUCUCUUCUUCUGCUAGGAAAUCUAACCAUUUCCCACGGCUUUAAAUGCCAACCACAUGCUUUUUUUUUUUAGGGCCACACCUUCAGCUUCUGGAAGUCCCCAGGCUAGGGGUCACACUGGAGCUGCAGCUUCAGGCCUUCACCACAGCCACAGCAACGCCAGAUCCGAACCGAGUCUGCAGCCUACACCAGAACUUACGACAACUCAAGAUCUUCUCGUCCACUGGGCAAGGCCAGGGACCAAACCUGCGUCCUCAUGGGUGCGAGUCGGAUUCUUAACCCUCUGAGCCACGACAGGAACUCCCCAAUAACCACAUGCUGUGGACACACGAGUGUCCAGUCCAGGUCUCUCCCUGAGUUUCACGCAGACCCAUUUAUCCAGCAGCCCCCCGCGAUGUCAUCACAAACCUGACAUGUCCCAAAUGAAAGUCUUUGAGUUACACCCCACGCCUAUGUGGUGGCCAGUCCUGUUUCCAUCAGCACCUAUGUCACACUGCUGAUGAGGCCCCAAACCUAAGUCCUCCUGAUUCUGUUUGUUCUUCCCACAGCAAUCAGCUCUGUGUUCACAACACACCCCAAGUCUGCUGUUCACCACCGCCCGUACCCCCCCACCCCCGGUCCUUCUGAGGCCAAGCCACCACCAUCUCUAGGCUGGACCAAUGCAGUGGUCCCCGAUUUGCCCCCGCCUCCAUUCUCACCCUCCUCCCGUCUGCUUCCACAGAGACUGUUCCCAUUGUCUUGAAAAUACAGGUCAGGUUAUAGCACCUAUAAAAUAACCCCGUUUCUCAUGACGCAGAGUGAAGUCCACACUCCUGCAGGUUGCAUGUGACGGUUCCCUCUCAGUGGUCAGCGUGGCCCCUGACCCUGCUGUUCUUGACACACACGGAGCUCAUUCCUGCCCCAGGGUCCUUACCUCGGCCGGGAGCACUUCCUCCAAAGGCUUUGCGUGGUUUGUGUGUCCUCGUCCUCCUGGUCUCUCUGCAAACAUCCCUUGUUACCCUACCAGAGGCACCAACUCCUCUCACGUCAGCAUGCUUCUCCCUGCCUUGAUUUCCACGGCGCGUAUCAUGCUCAGACCUUGUUUGUUGCCGUUUGCGCUGUUGGAGGGUGUCAGUCCUCGGGGGGCAGAAGCAGUACCUGUGUUGUUUACUGCUGUACCCCCAAAACCAGUGUUUGGCAUGUAAUAAAUAACAAUGGACCGAUGGAUGGACACCUGCAGCUCUGUCCUUAUGUCCUGCAGGGCAUCUAAGUCCGUGAAACCAACAGAGAAUGUGAGCCAUGUGUGUAACUGAAAAAUUUUUAGUAGCUGCAUUAAAAAAUAAAGAGAAACAGGUGAAAUUUAAAAAAAA